GAAUAAAAAACCCGCUCCCGCGCGCUCUCCCCUCUUCCUAUAUAAGUAACGGCAGAAACGGUCGCGGGAGAUAAAACGUCUUGUCGUCCUGCGACGAGGAAGAGGACGACCAGAGUCGAUCUUCGGCCGAUGGCGGACUCGACUCCGUUGAUCGCUGAGGAGGCUCUGGUCGACGGGAAUCCGUCGACGGUCACGCUCUCCGCUAGCGGCCGGAUCGAGUGGCGGGGGAAGUCCAGCGGCUGCCUGUCCGUCGACGCCGACGUGCUGGGCUACGCCGCGGAGGGAUCGGCGCUAAGGAUUAGGGCUUUCGUCAAGAAGAGCGGCGGGUGCUGUUGCGGACACAAGGAGGUCGUCAGGGAGCGGAGGGACGUUGUUCUGGAGCCUUCCUCCGAGGAGUCGCUCGGUCUAUGGUGCGAAAGGCUUCGGCAGUGCAUCGAUUCUCUCGCACGGCCUCAAAAUCUGCUCAUUCUUGUUAACCCUUAUGGUGGAAAAAAGUCGGCAUCAAAGAUCUUCCAAAAGGAAGUUGCACCACUGCUUGCUGCUGCUGAUGUUAAAUACACUCUUGAAGAAACUCAGUACCGAUUUCAUGCGAAGGAGAUUGCACAUGCUUUAGAUAUUUCGAAGUAUGAUGGCAUUGUCUGUGUUAGUGGAGAUGGUAUCAUAGUGGAGGUAAUAAAUGGUUUGCUCGAAAAAGAGGAUUGGCCUACAGCUAUAAAGAUGCCUAUUGGAAUAAUCCCAGCAGGUUCAGGAAAUGGCAUGGCAAAAUCUCUAUUAGAUUCAGUGGAGGAAGCUUGUGUAGCAUCAAAUGCUACUUUUGCAGUUAUUCGAGGCCAUAAGCGUGCACUUGAUGUUGCUACUGUCUUGCAAGAGGAGACAAGGUUCUUCAGCGUCUUGAUGCUGUCAUGGGGUAUCGUGGCGGACAUUGACAUUGAGUCUGAGAAGUAUAGAUGGAUGGGCGGUGCUCGAAUUGACUUUUAUAGCAUCGUAAGAAUGAUUGACUUGCGACACUACAAUGGACGUGUAUCUUUUGUUCCAGCACCUGGAUAUGAAGUUUACGGUAAUCCUGUCAGUGAGCAAGAAGAAUCUCUUAGUCGCCUUAAUAGUUUGUCCAAAAGUGAAAAACAGUGCGCCUACUUGGGGCCUAUGUGUUCUUUUGAACCUCAGGAAUGGAGAACUUAUGAUGGGCCAUUCAUUUCUGUUUGGCUACACAAUGUCCCUUGGGGAAGCGAAACUGUUAUGCCAGCACCUGAUGCCAAGUUCUCAGAUGGCUACCUGGACCUGAUCUUGGUUAGGGACUCCCCAAAAUUGGCAUUGAUAGAAACAAUGGCAAAGCUAAGUGAUGGAGGCCAUGUUAAGUCUCCACAUGUCCUAUAUCUAAAGGUAAAGGCUUUCUAUCUGGAGCCAGGACAGCGAGCAAAUGAAACAGACAAGGGGGGUAUAAUUGAUUGCGAUGGUGAAGUCCUGGCCAGAGGUCAAGGAACGUAUAAAUUUGGGCAGCAACAAGACCUUAUGGCUUAUGGCCCUCCCAUAUAUAUGACCGUGGACAAGGGUUUGGCCACUUUGUUUUCUCCAAAAUGACAUUCAAGUUAUUUGGUUAUCUGUGGGACAAGCUUCGGUAUCUGGGACUGCAAACUCAAGACCUGACGGUUCACAUGUAUUCAAGAAAACACAAUUUCCUGCAGAAUCUUUCUGUGAAGCAGUUCUAAGUUAGUCACCCUGAUCUUGAAGGAUUAGCGCAACACACACUAGUUGUGCCUCUGAAUUGCAUGAUAUCAUCUGUAUGUGAUGAUACAUGGGAAUUCAAUGAUAUACUGACAGUUUAAUUCGGAGGGCCCUCUGCUGGCCUAUUUGGCAAUAGAAUUUCAUGUUGAGUUGUAGCACACGGUGAUGGUCGCCUGCCAUCAGCUGCACCACCACACGGCUCCCACUUUCUCCAUCCUCUAUCUGUAAUCUUGAGUGCUUUCUUUUUAUGAAAUUUGCAUGUGGGUACUGAUUCCUCUUCAUUCAUUGGGGAUCUAUUUUACCUUCCCUCAGUUGGCUCUGUCUCUACUUUCUGGCUGGUUUCUCAAUUUGAAUAAAAUGUCAUUUUUUCAGUGUAAA